AUGCUCGCGCCAUUGAGCCGCAUAGCGAUCAUUGUCUUCAUUCUUGCCAUCGUUUCACACGCAAACGCGGACUAUUGGAUCUACUACACCCGCCUCUUCGGAUCUCAAGGUGGCCCUGAUGAAUGCAAGUUUCUACGUACUAGCAACCCCAGCUGUGAUGAGGUUGCUGCUGGCCAGUCCUUCGUAUUCAAGGAGGAUGUCAGUGGCAGGCAGACAGGGUGCCAUUUAGCUGGCAACGAGCCUCAGCCGGACUUUCUCGAGUUCAAUACCCCCAGAACUGGAUAUUUCAACAUAUCGAAGGAUACCAGCUACGAUAUGAUCGAUUCUCAGGGCCAGACUCAGGGCCACUGUGAGCUGGAUAAUGCUUAUUCAUACCGUUGCUUAUACCAAUUCACCGUAGAAGCAGGGACAUCUAUCAUGAAAUGCACAACUGGUGUUGAGGUGGGCUCUGACGCGUCAUAG